AUGAUAUUGAUAAGUAUAAGAAUAAGUACAGAAGAUGAAGAAAAAGAAGGACUUAUUGAGAUUCUAGAUAAGAUAGAAGAAGCAAUGAAUAGUAUUUAUACAAAAGAACAGAAAUAUGAUAGAGAAUAUGUCAAUUAUAGUCAUAAAGAAUAUCAAAAGAUAAGAAAAGCAUUUGUAGAAUGGAGAAAUUAUUACAUUCAUCUUCCAAGUGAAUAUUUCAAAACAGCAGAAAUUAUGAUAUGGAGACCAAUUGAAUUAGAAAUGAAAAGUGUAGAAGAAAUUAGGAAUGAUAAUUAUGAUCCUCAAUAUAUCAUUGAUUAUUAUAAUAAUAUAAAUUUGAAGUAUAAUGAAGAAAAGCAAAGAAAAUGA